AAUGCAAACAUUUAUUUGCAUCACAGUAAAGUCAGGAGCUGCUCGACCCAGAAGACCAGAACCACUGGGAUUCUGGUCAUAAACCCCAGAACCACAGAGACUCUGGUCCAAAGCACCAGAACCAACCAGCGCGCCAGAAGCAGACGGUUCCCAUGCCAACAAUAAACCAAAGGAAGGAUGGCUAUGCUGGUUUUAAAUAUAGGAGCAGAUUUAAAAAAAAAAAAAACUACUUUCCCGCGGACGCAUCGCGAUGACGUUUGUGUGUUUACGGCGUUGCUACGCAACCGUUCCAGGGUUUACUUAGAAAGACUUUCUGAGCAGUCCGUCAUUUAAACGUUACCGAAAUGUCCCGGGACUCUGCGGCCCCCCCGGGCCCUGUCACCCCCCCGGCUCCCGUAGCCUUCGGGCGGUGGGCCGUCCCACUGCUGUCGGAGCAGCUGCGGCUGCCGCGGGGGGGCGCCCGGCUGCGCGCCCUGGCCGCCCUCACCGACGUGCUGCAGCGGCCGCUGCGGGCCACCGAGGCGCUGAAUGCAGGUUUCCUGCAGCAGCUGAAGGACCUGCUGGAGGAUGAAGACCCUCUAGUCCGAGCAAAGGUCUGCCAGAUCCUUCACAUGCUGGCGGCUCACGCCUCCGGCAGGUGUAGAAGAUGCUCUCCAUGUGGCCCUCGUGACAUCAGGAACAGCCGUCACCGUGGUUUCCUGCUCAUCUGCUGCCAUCUUGAAACCCGCCCACACUCAGGAGGGGCAUCUCUCCUCACUCUGCUCCCUAAACUGAUGAAGAGGCUGUCAGAGGAGGAGGAAGAGGAGGUCCUGCUCCUGUCCCUCCUCACCUGCUGCUUCCAGGCAGAUCCACAGGCGGCUCUGCGUUCAGACGCCGUCUCCCUGCUGGCGCCCAAACUCUCCAACGGCGCCCUCAGCGUCCGGAAGGCGGCAGCCGCAGCCAUGAUGGCUCUCAGCGUUCCGAUGGCCGGGAAGCUGCAGGUGUGCGAGGUCCUCCCGGCUGUGGCGGCUCUGCUGCAGGAGGAUGACGAGGAAGCUCAGCUAAACGCCACCGGAGUCAUCAUGUUCGUCGCCGUCACCACCACAGGUAAGCUGCAGUGCCUGCACCUGGACGUCCUUCCUGUCCUCCUCAAACUGGUGUGUGAGAGAAACCGCGAGGAGCAGGUCAGGAGGAGGAGGAAACCUCUGGUUGUCUACGCCCUGCGAGGUCUGACCAUGCUGGCUGAAACUCCAGAGGGGAGGAGACUCCUGCAGGAGCAGCUUCCUCUGCUGAGGAGGAGGAGUGAGGAGGAGGAGGAUGAAGACCUGCAGCAGGUCCUUCAGACCGCUGUCCAGGUGGUGAUGUUCACUCCAUGAAACGUCCAGAAGCUCCUGAACCUUCAGUGUGACGGUCUCUCUGUAGAAUGUUAAUAAAGUUUGAAGUCUUCUCGUUUGGA